AUGCCUCCACGUGGUUUCACGAACCCGGCCCCCAAAACUGAAAGUGCUCGCGAGGCUGUCAAAUCUUUCUAUUGCGAACUAUGCAGCAAGGGGUACGCUCGAAUGAACGAGUAUGAGGCUCAUCUCUCUUCAUACGACCACUCUCAUAAACAACGUCUUAAGGACAUGCGACAAUUGACACGCGAUCCGAUGGCCUCUAGCAAAGCUCGAAAGGCAGAAGCGAAAGCAAACUCGCAGUCUGGUUUGAUCUCAAUAAAAUUGGGUGGAGAAGCAAGCUCAAGUACUGGAGCUACUGCUGGAGGUUUCAAGAAAGGGGGUUUCAAGAAAUCGGGGUUCAAAAGUGCUUUUGCCCCAAUUGACGGGGGUGGAGCUGAUGCACCCGCGAAUGAAGACAUUGAAGAGAAGAUCCCAGUAGGCGGAAGCCUUGGAGUCAAGGAAGGUGGUUUAGAAAGCGAUACCGAUGAUGAACAAUACGGGUAUGAGAUGUACGAUCCGAGAUAUCCUACGGAUUGA